CAUCUUUUUCUCAUUUCAUCUAAAUAACCACCCAUGGCUUUCUAUACCAAACCUUCUCCCUUCGACUGCAUCAUCUUCGAUUUGGACGACACUUUGUAUCCUGAAACCAUUGGAAUUGGAGCUUCUGUCAAGAAAAACAUCGACCUCUUCCUCAUCGAGAAAUGUGGUUUCUCACAGACCAAAGCUUCUACACUUCGAGUUGAACUCUUCAAAUCCCACGGUAGCACUCUCGCCGGUUUGCGUGCACUAGGCUAUGAUAUCACCGCAGAGGAUUACCACAGUUUCGUACACGGAAGGCUACCUUACGACUUAAUCAAACCUGAUAUUCAGUUACGGAAUCUUCUACGCACCAUCAACCAAAGGAAAAUUAUAUUUACAAAUUCGGAUAGGAUUCACGCGCUGAGAGUGUUGGAUCGUCUAGGAAUUAAGGACUGUUUUGAACAAAUCAUAUGCUUCGAGACUAUUAACCCGAAUCUCCCCAACUCGACCCGACCCGAUGAAUUUCCUGUUGUCUUGAAACCUUCGCUGGAGGCCUUCAAGAUCGCCAUCCACGCUGCCAGCGUGGAUCCUCGUCGUACGCUAUUUUUGGAUGACAGCGUUCGAAACGUUGCCGCGGGCAAAGAAAUGGGACUCCACACUGUUUUGGUUGGGAAGAAGGGGAAAAGCAAAGUAGGGGAGUAUGUAGUGGAGUGUGUGAAUAGUGUUGAACUUGCACAAGUAAUUCCGGAAAUAUGGGGGAUGAGAAUGGACGAUGAUGAUCAAAAGCUGAAGCUGGCGCGCACGAACAGCGAAUUGGAUGCUAUGCUCAGCGCAUUUACUGCUGUUGGAGCUUGAAUUUGUUUGGGGGGCACUGAAGUGACGUUGUACAUUCCCAUUCACCCAACCAGACAAUUCACAAAUAAUUUCGGAAACCUCGUGUGAAUAAUGUUAACAAGUGUCAACAUAAAAUGAAUAAAUAACUUCUACGGUAGAUAUAUCAAAUCAAGUGUGUAAACUUGAAAACUUCUAAAUCAAUAUCUGUAUUAUUCCAACUUUAUUUUCCGUAAAAAAUCAAAAUGAUUCCCUCGUGUUGA